AUGUACAGAGUUAGUAAGCAAAAAUAUGACACGGUGGAUAUGAUGAAAGGAAAUGCAUGGAACUUUGAAUUCUCAAGAGAGCUUGAUCCAGCAAAACGCAUUGAUUUGUUAGAAAUCAAGUUCGAGGUAAGAGAUAUUCGCUUGUUUCCAGGUGAAGAAGAUACACUAGAAGGGGUUCGCACUUCUAAAGCUUUAUAUUCAAAUAUUACGGAGGAUGGAGAAGAAUGGGAGCAUCAUAAGACAGUUACAAAUAAGUUUGCAUCACCAAAAACUAUGUUUAUAGUUUGGGCUGCAAUGCAUGACUCAAUUCCAACAAGAGAAAUGUUACAGAAUAGAGGAAUGGAGAUUGUUUCGAAUCUUUGUUUAUUGUGUAAUAAUCAUGUGGAGACGCAGGAUCAUUUAUUUUUACAGUGCGAAUGGGUUAAGUUAUUCUGGGAUUACUUCAUCAACUCGUUGCAGGUGAAGUGGGUUUCACAUAAUAACUUCAAACUAUUGUUACAGAGCUGGAGUAUUCACGUGUUGUCUAAGAAAGCUAAGUUGAUAUGUCAUUUAAUCCCUCUUGGUAUUUGCUGGGAAUUGUGGUUAGAAAGAAAUGGAAGAGUUCAUGGAAGAAGACAUAAAACUAAAGAUGAACUAUUGUUUGCUAUGAAGCUGAAUAUACGUCUUUGGAGCUCAAAUAUGGAGAUAUUUAGAGGCUAUUCAAUGAAUCAAGUUCUCUUUCAGUGGGAAGAUGUCGUGAUGUGA